GCCGCAGUCAGAGCCAAGAGGUUCCUUCUAGACUCUACAAUGCGCACUCUGAUCUACCUGUUGCCACUUCUGCUGGCCUUAAGCCAGGCACUCGCUGAUGGCAAGUUCAAUCUGCGUGGGAUGAUCCCCUCGGAUGAGCGUAUACGCUCCCAUGGCUAUCCAGCUGAGGCCCAUAGGGUGGUCACCGAGGAUGGCUACGUGCUGAAACUCUUUCGCAUUCCUUACUCCCACAAGCUGGGCAACCAGAACGCGAGGCGGCCGCCGGUGCUGCUGCAGCAUGGCCUGUUCAGCAACUCGGACUGCUGGCUGAGCUCGGGGCCGGACAACUCGUUGGCCUACCUGCUGGCCGACGCGGGAUACGAUGUCUGGCUGGGCAAUGCACGUGGCAAUAUCUACUCGCGCGCCAACGAGCAAAUCUCAGUGAACCAUCCCAGGUUCUGGCACUUCGACUGGCAUGAGAUUGGCACCAUCGACAUCGCUGCCAUGAUUGAUUACAUUCUGGAGGAGACGCAGCACGAGCAGCUGCACUAUGCCGGCCACUCGCAGGGCACCACGGUGUACCUGGUGCUCUUGUCCGAGCGACCGGAGUACAAUGCGAAGAUCAAGUCGGGUCACUUGCUGGCUCCAUGCGCAUUCUUUGCGCACGGCCGUUCCGCGAUCUUCAGAUUGCUUGGACCACUGGUGGGCACUCCCGGCGGCGUUUGGAACCAACUGCUGGUGGACACCGAGCUGAUACCGUACAACAAUCUAGUCAAUCGCCUGGCGGACAACGGCUGCGGCAGCGGCAGCCCCUACGACUCCAUCUGCAAGAACGGAUUCCUGAUGUUCGCCAAUGGCGGCUAUGAGAACAUUAAUCUGACUUCCAUGCAGCUCUUGAUUGAGACGCAUCCAGGUGGCUCUUCCAGUAAUCAGGGCAUUCACUACCUGCAGCUGUCGACCUCGCACGAGUUCCGCCAGUACGACUGGGGCACCAAGAAGAAUCGUGACCUCUAUGGCCAGGAUCUGCCGCCAGACUACGACUUGAGCAAAAUAACGGCCAAGACGCAUUCCUAUUCGAGUCAAAACGAUGCGCUGUGCGGUCCAGAGGAUGUGAACACUUUGGUCGCCGAGUUCACCCACCUGGCUGAGGAUCAUCGUGUGCCCCUCGAGAGCUUCAAUCACUUGGACUUUAUUGUGGCCAAAAAUAUGAAGGAACUGGUCAACGAUCUAAUUGUUGACCGCAUCAAUGGCUACGAAGCGCGCUAAGCAGCCAAGCUAAUGGAUCGAUUGAAUUGUUAUUGAUAUACAUAUGAUAUAUGAGGGCAGACA